CCACAGGUCAUCAUGGUCACGGGUGAUCACCCCAUCACGGCAAAGGCCAUCGCCAAGGGCGUGGGCAUCAUCUCCGAGGGCAACGAGACUGUGGAGGACAUCGCUGCCCGGCUCAACAUUCCCGUCAGCCAGGUCAACCCCCGGGAUGCCAAGGCCUGUGUGAUCCAUGGCACCGACCUCAAGGACUUCACCUCUGAGCAAAUCGAUGAGAUCCUGCAGAACCACACUGAGAUCGUCUUUGCCCGCACGUCCCCCCAACAGAAGCUCAUCAUCGUGGAGGGCUGUCAGAGACAGGGAGCAAUCGUGGCCGUGACUGGCGACGGCGUGAACGACUCCCCUGCCCUGAAGAAGGCAGACAUCGGUGUGGCCAUGGGCAUUGCCGGCUCUGACGUGUCCAAGCAGGCAGCGGACAUGAUUCUGCUGGACGACAACUUUGCCUCCAUCGUCACGGGUGUAGAAGAGGGCCGCCUGAUUUUUGACAACCUGAAGAAGUCUAUCGCUUAUACCCUGACCAGCAACAUUCCUGAGAUCACACCCUUCUUACUGUUCAUCAUGGCCAACAUCCCGCUGCCUCUGGGCACCAUCACCAUCCUCUGCAUCGACCUGGGCACUGACAUGGUCCCUGCCAUCUCCUUGGCAUACGAGGCUGCGGAGAGUGACAUCAUGAAGAGACAGCCCAGGAACCCACGCACGGACAAGCUGGUCAAUGAGAGGCUCAUCAGCAUGGCCUACGGGCAGAUUGGAAUGAUCCAGGCUCUCGGUGGCUUCUUUUCCUACUUUGUGAUCCUGGCAGAAAAUGGCUUCUUGCCCAGCAACCUGGUGGGCAUCCGGCUGAACUGGGAUGACCGAACCGUCAAUGACCUGGAGGACAGUUACGGGCAGCAGUGGACAUACGAGCAGAGGAAGGUGGUGGAGUUCACGUGCCACACGGCCUUCUUCGUGAGCAUCGUGGUCGUGCAGUGGGCCGACCUGAUCAUCUGCAAGACCAGGAGGAACUCCGUCUUCCAGCAGGGCAUGAAGAACAAGAUCCUCAUCUUCGGGUUGUUUGAGGAGACGGCCCUCGCUGCCUUCUUGUCCUACUGCCCAGGCAUGGACGUGGCCCUCCGCAUGUACCCUCUCAAGCCCAGCUGGUGGUUCUGUGCCUUCCCCUACAGUUUCCUCAUCUUCGUCUACGAUGAGAUCCGCAAACUCAUCCUGCGCAGGAACCCCGGGGGUUGGGUGGAGAAGGAAACCUACUACUGACCUCACCCCCCCCCACAUCGCCCAUUUCUUCCCUGCCCCCCAAGCCCAGGACAGCCCCCACCAGUCCCCCCAUUUUGUAUUCUGGGGGAGGGGCCUUCUCUCCCCGUGGCCCCACCUUGACCCUCACCCCCUCAACUUACCUCCCGCCUCCCGCCCUCUCUCUCCUCUGGCUGGCUUCUCUCCCCGCCCCCCCCCACUUCCCCCCUCUCUUUUCUGUGUCUCUGUUCCUCUCCCUCUCCUCGUCCCUUCCUCCCUGCCCCCACCCAGCCCCCUCCCUGGGCUCUUUUUUACUCCCCCUCACCCCUGGCUGAUGCCAUCUCUGGUUCUGGACAAUUAUCAAAUAUAUCAGUGGGGAGAGAGAAGUGUGUGUUGUACUUGCUUUCUGGCCCUGGGGUGUGGGCGGGCGCUGGCACCUGUUGCUGGGUGAUUCACGAAGCUUCAGGAAUUUUGCCUGGCACGAGCUUGGGAGCCACAGAAUCUCGGAGUCCUCGAGUCAUGGGGUUUUAGACCCAACCAAGGCUAGAGUGAGAGCAGCUUGAAUUGGCCAGGCAAUGGGAUUAUGGGAUCAGAACAGGGAAGAGGAAGGGAGUCUCGAAAGCCUCUCGUAUCAGAGUAGAUGGGGAAGGGACGGGGCAAUGCCGGUGACAAGGACAACGACCACGAUGGUGAUGAUGGUGAUCCGUUGAGUGCCCGCUCUGUACUCUGCCCUCUUCUAAGCACUCUGUGUGCAUCAGCUCAUUCAGUCCUCACAAGGUGUGAGACACAGAGGGAAAAUGACUUGCUCAAGGUCACACAACUGAGAGGUGACAAAUCUGGGAUCUGAAACUAAGAUGUCCAACCUCUAAGUGCUGUGUUAUUCUCUCACUCUUUUUAUUGAGAUAAGUUUUCUGUGAAAUGCAAAAAUCUUA